GGUUAUCAAGGAACGUUACAACCAACCGCAUGUCCCUGGAGACGUAAAUUAGCUUAGGGUGUGCUAUUGUGACGUCAUUCCGUCUAAGUGAAAGUUUCAAUGGGGUCAGAGCUCGGGUCGGAACAAAACAAGUGCUUCAAAGGAAGUCAUUUGAAAUAUGCAUACCUCCACGUGUAAUAUCAGCCGAUUUGAUUACUAUGACAGUGUUUUGCUCGACUGAUUCUUGCUGCGAUCCUGUUAGUGUUUGCGGUUGUCCUGUUUCUGAGUGCGCUUUACUUGAGCCACUCUGGCUAUAGACAUGACUAAGGAGAGGCGGACUCCUUCACCUGUUGAACAAGGAUCGCAUUUACACAUGGCAAUCAAGCUGUUGAAAGCGGAAAACGCGAAUCUCGAGAAGAUAAUAAUUUUGCUCAAGACCGAGAAUCAAAACAUGCAGCGUAAGAUGAAGGAGCUUGAAUAUCAGAACGACAGAUUUAAAAUCACUCAAAAUCAGCUAAAAGCCGAGUUAAAGAGGGAAAAGGAAAUGGUACGAUAUUUGCACAAUUUGAACAAGAAGUACGAGCGAACGCUUCAAAAGAAAGAAGCGGAGAGCAGACAGCUGCGGAAAGAAGCUAAAGAAGCUGAGUUGAGGAGUUUUAAAAGAGUCGACAGCAAAGACGUGAACAAUAACGCAAAGGAAAUUGGUAAAGAAACGGAAAUCCGAAGACCGCAGCCACCGAAACGCUCGGACUCGUUCAAACGAAACAAGGACCUUGCAGCUAUAAAAGACCAAGGGAUGACAACUACUAGCAACCAAAAUGCAAAUUUAAAACCAAAGCAGCCGUCUCAAAUCACGCCAGCCAUCAAACAGUCGAACUCGAGCGAUGAUAUAGCGUGCGAGUGGGAAGAUGUAACGGACGUGCUGGGCUUUUUGAACGAGAAGGUCAAUCAGUUUGAGCGGUUACUCCUGGAGACUGGAGGCUCGAGUAAGUCGGGCUCGGGUUCGGGAUAUUCUUCGUCGGAUUCCAUGACAUCCACCAAGUAAAGUGUGUAAAUAGUCGUUUGCUUUCAACUUAUGUUUUGUUGCUAAUUCUGCAUUUGGAACACACACAUUUCGGUAACGUAGAGCAAAACGGGGCAAAAUCGACGAAAGCUUUUUUUUUUUUUUUUUACUUUAGGAUUUUAUAUUUUGAGUUCGGAAAGUACAGUAAAUUCGACUUUUGUUCAAAACAAAUAACAAUUGUUUUAAAGUGUGCUUGUAUGUGACAUGUUACUCCGACUGUCAAGAAACUUAUUGACUCGCACUGGGGUAAAACAUUUACUGAUAACAGACGAAAAGGAUACCUCUUGGAGGAAAAGAUUGCAUGAAAGGUCAAGAUGAUUUUUGCUGCGGUUGGCUACCAGUUUAAGAGUUAGGUUUCGUCACGUCUCGGUUGGAGAAUCAUUAACAUAUUUAGCACCAUUGCAAAACGUGCUUGUUGACCUGAAAUUAAAGGAUUUUGCUGGAUAUUUAUACUGAUGCCGAAUGACUGAUUUGCAACUACGUGCUUAAAGGUUGUCGCAUUCUAUUGUAAAUAUGAACACAACGCGCGACAGAAAGGUUCGUAUUGUGUAACGCAAUCAAGUCGAAACACUGUGUCUAUUUUUAGGAAGUAGCGAAAUGCUGCCUGCUUUGUAUAUUAGAUUUUACGUAAGACAUACAGGAGAUAACAUGAUUAUUAAUCUCUGACGAUAUGAUUUCUAUUUUAGCUGUAGAUUAAAUCUCCACGGAAUGUUCCUCGGGUCUGUUUGUGUUUGCUGGCUACCUAGUGCGUGUAUAUUGUAGUGUGUUUUGCAAAUUUAUGUUAUGACUGAAUGAGAAUUUAAGGAAUUUGUCUGGAGCCGAACAAAGUAUUUGUUUGUUUUGCAGGCUACUCAGAAUUGUUAUUAACGCAUCGUUCAAAGUCCAUCACACAUGCCAAGCUUCCCGUACAAAUUUACAUCCAAGUCAAUUUGAAGCGCUGGUCACUUUUACAUUAAAGGGAAAGCACUGCA